UGGUGAUUUGGUCGGUUUAGUUCGUUUGUUUGGUCGCACUGUUAUGACAGAACAGUACUGGAACAAUAACUACCAUAAUGACAAGAUGGUGAUAAUUUACCACAAUUUAUCCAGAAUAUAAAGGGAUCGUGGGAGACUGAAACUUUUAUUGAUGAGGACUUUUGAACUCAGACAAAGUACCAACAAAUUAUGCUAUGGAUGGAGUAAAAACCUCGAAAUAGAAAUAUCUGGAAAGGGAUUACCAUUCUUCUGUUGUUGGUCUACCUGAAUGUAAUCUGCGAUGGCUCUGACCGGGAAAAGAGACACCUCAGAUUCCCACCACAGAGUAUCAUGCAGUUGGCAUUUGCUGUAGCUACUCCAGCACAGGUACCCAGUCGAAUGAUCAGCACCAACAUGGGAGUGAUGUUCAACGUUGAUCUCCCCACGAACCUCACAGUCUGGUACCCUUGGAGGCCCAACUACAGACGCAGGCGAUCAGCUGACAGUGAUCAGGCCUUCUACGGUCUCCUGCAGACUGUACUAUCCAUGAACAAUUUUGAUGGCAGAGCCUGUUUGCAGAAGAGCAUUUGUCAGAUGAGAGAGGAGCCGAUUACUGGAAAUGACAUCCCUCAUCAACUUCUCAAUCUAUUUUUUGGAUCUGGUCAGAGACACACAGACGCCAUAUGGGAACCUCGUCAUCACAACACUUCUUGUGACCUUGCCUUCCCAUCUUGUCAGUUUACACCUGUUGAUCUCUUCAUGGAGCUUAUCACUUCCACAUGGAGUCCCAGUCAAUAAAAAAUUAUCUCUUGAAAA